UGUGAGUUGGGGGGAUGGGGCCGUGCUGAGAAUGAGCGACUCCAAGUAUUUACCAAAUAUAAGUAUUUCUCAACUUGGAUUCCCGUCUUUUGUACAGAUAACUACUUUUGGACCACGUAUGAGUUUCGAUUUGAAUUUGCAAACAUAAAGUGGAGUAUUUUUACGGCCACGACACUGGUUUAAAAGUCGACAAAAUGUAUUCCACUGCUGGAGCUACUGAGAUGUUUGAGGGACCCCGUUCCUCAGGGUCAGCAAGCUCUGACACACCAUCUUCCCCUACGCCCGAAUAUGUGUUCAAGCCGCCCUUAAGGCCAGACUUUGGUACAGUGGGCAGGACAAUCAAGCUGCAGGCCAAUUUCUUCGAGAUGGAAAUCCCCAAACUGGAAGUUUACCAUUAUGACAUUGACAUCAAGCCAGAGAAAUGUCCCAGGAGGGUCAACCGUGAAAUUGUAGAGCACAUGGUCCAGCACUUUAAAUCACAGAUCUUUGGCGAUCGAAAGCCGGUGUAUGAUGGCAGAAAGAAUCUGUACACUGCCAUGCCCUUGCCCAUUGGCAGAGACAGAGUUGAGCUUGAAGUGACCAUUCCUGGCGAGGGCAAGGACCGCAGCUUCAAAGUAUCCAUCAAGUGGGUGUCAUGUGUUAGCCUGCAAGCUCUGCACGAGGCACUGUCAGGACGGCUGCCCAUCGUCCCCUUUGAGACCAUCCAAGCCCUGGAUGUGGUCAUGAGACAUUUGCCCUCUAUGAGGUAUACUCCAGUGGGCCGCUCUUUCUUCACCCCCUCAGAGGGAUGUUCGAACCCCCUGGGAGGUGGCAGAGAGGUGUGGUUUGGCUUCCACCAGUCUGUCAGGCCUUCUCUUUGGAAAAUGAUGCUCAACAUUGAUGGUAAAUUCCAAAUUGACAAUUCAAGUCGGUUUUCUGAAUCGCGAGUGUUAUUUCUUUUAAAAAGUUUUUGUUUUUUGCUUGCAGUUUCUGCUACAGCGUUCUACAAAGCCCAGCCAGUAAUUGAGUUCAUGUGCGAGGUCUUGGAUUUCAAAAGCAUUGAAGAACAACAGAAGCCCUUAACAGACUCUCAAAGAGUUAAAUUUACCAAAGAAAUCAAAGGCCUGAAAGUGGAGAUCACACAUUGUGGACAAAUGAAGAGGAAAUACCGAGUUUGCAAUGUGACCAGAAGACCAGCCAGCCAUCAAACGUUCCCCUUACAGCAGGAGAACGGCCAAACUAUCGAAUGCACAGUGGCGCAGUACUUCAAAGAUAAGUACAAGCUCAUGCUGCGAUACCCCCACCUCCCAUGUCUACAGGUGGGACAGGAGCAGAAGCAUACCUACCUGCCUCUAGAGGUGUGUAACAUAGUGGCAGGACAACGCUGCAUCAAAAAACUGACAGACAAUCAGACCUCCACUAUGAUCCGUGCCACUGCCCGAUCUGCCCCGGAUCGUCAGGAUGAGAUUAGUAAAUUGAUGAGAAGCGCCAACUUCAACACUGAUCCUUAUGUUCGCGAAUUCGGAGUGAUGGUGAGGGAUGAGAUGACCGAAGUGAACGGCCGUGUCCUCCAAGCACCAUCCAUUCUGUACGGAGGCAGGAACAAGGCAAUAGCCACGCCAAUCCAGGGAGUCUGGGACAUGAGGAACAAGCAGUUCCACACCGGCAUUGAGAUCAAAGUGUGGGCCAUCGCUUGCUUCGCACCACAGAGACAGUGCACUGAACUUUUGCUCAAAGCAUUCACAGAUCAGCUCAGGAAGAUCUCCCGGGAUGCAGGCAUGCCCAUCCAAGGCCAGCCUUGCUUCUGUAAGUAUGCCCAGGGCGCAGACAGCGUGGAGCCCAUGUUCAGACACCUCAAGUACACAUACCAGGGCCUCCAGCUGGUUGUUGUCAUCUUACCGGGGAAGACACCUGUCUACGCUGAAGUGAAGCGUGUUGGAGAUACAGUCCUUGGCAUGGCCACACAGUGCGUGCAGGUGAAGAAUGUCCAAAAGACGACGCCACAGACACUCUCCAACCUCUGUCUGAAGAUCAACGUCAAGCUGGGCGGCGUCAACAACAUCCUGCUCCCUCAGGGCCGGCCGUUGGUGUUUCAACAGCCUGUCAUCUUUCUUGGUGCUGAUGUAACUCAUCCUCCUGCAGGAGAUGGAAAGAAGCCCUCUAUUGCAGCUGUUGUUGGUAGUAUGGACGCCCAUCCUAGCAGAUACUGUGCCACAGUUCGGGUACAGCAGCACCGCCAGGAGAUCAUCCAGGACCUGGCCACCAUGGUGCGAGAACUGCUCAUUCAGUUCUACAAGUCCACGCGCUUCAAGCCCACGCGAAUCAUCUACUACCGUGAUGGCAUCUCUGAGGGCCAGUUCAGCCAGGUUCUUCAACAUGAACUACUGGCAAUCCGAGAGGCCUGCAUCAAGUUAGAGAAGGACUACCAACCUGGUAUUACAUUUAUAGUGGUCCAGAAGAGACACCACACCAGACUGUUCUGUACGGACAGGAACGAGAGGGUUGGAAAGAGUGGAAACAUUCCUGCAGGCACCACCGUGGACACCAAAAUCACUCACCCAUCCGAAUUUGACUUCUACCUUUGCAGUCACGCUGGCAUACAGGGCACCAGCCGGCCGUCUCACUACCACGUGCUCUGGGACGACAAUCACUUCUCCUCCGACGAGCUGCAGGUGCUCACCUACCAGCUGUGCCACACGUAUGUGCGCUGCACCCGCUCGGUUUCCAUCCCGGCGCCUGCCUACUACGCCCAUCUGGUGGCUUUCCGUGCACGCUACCACUUGGUGGACAAAGAACACGACAGCGCUGAGGGCAGUCACACAUCCGGCCAGAGCAACGGGCGCGACCACCAGGCCUUGGCUAAAGCCGUUCAGAUCCACCAGGACACCCUGCGCACAAUGUACUUCGCCUAAGACUGCACGGCACCGGUUCGGCGCGGGCAAGACCCCACUGAGGAAACACACUACCCCUCGCUGUGUGUUGCUUGUACAGCGUGAUCUCUCUACCUAACACAACUGGCAGGUACCCGUUAUGACCACACUUGUUCCUCAGCCCACCCAAGCCAAACCAGCUGUCACAAAUUGCGAAAGAAGUCCUCUUUCUUGGGGUUUGAGCUAUGUCCUUGCUAUAUAUUUGUAUAUCUUGUGGGGAAUUGUUGCAGAGUAUGAAAGGAGUAUUGUUAUUCAAUGUAGUGCUUUAAGAAUUAGGAGAAGCACCUCACCUACCUAUUUUUUUAAUCAUGUCAGAAGCUUUUCAUUAGUUUGACACAUUAUUAUUAUUAUUAUUGUUGAACAGCCAAUCACAGCAAAGCGCACUGACAAGAAUGGGUACUUCAAUCAGGACUAAAGUACUUAAGACUUUCACAUAGUGCACUAUGUGUUGCAAGUGCCAUUGAGAGAUCACUUUCCUGUUAUGUUUGUUCAACUAUUUUUCAGUAUUUGUCCCCAAUGACCAUUCUAUGCCAAAUCUGGGACAAUUUAUGGAAUCCUGAUAACCAACACUUCUAAAUAUUCCAGAGGAGGGCUUUUACUGAUGUCUUAGAAGAGAAGCUUUCAGUUUUGACUCUUGAUUCAACCCAACUCCCGUGUUGAAAUAAUGUAUUGGGACUGGUUCCCAGCAAACAUAGCUUUUUUCUUUUUUCUUUUUGAAAUGUACUCUGAGCCGUGUUGAUAAGAUGCACGAUGUACAAAUCAAAGAGGGGAACAUAGAACAGUUCGGUUCCCAUGUCUUUCUAUAGAUUGUUUUUAAUUGGAGUCAUUUUUUAAAUGAAUUUACAUGUAGCCAGCUCCUGUUUUCAGAAAUGUUUUUUUCCCUUUGUAAACAACCCUCUAUUUUUGAUGUAUAGUGGAUUCAGCAGUGUCUUUGAGUCGGAUGUUGGUGUGACGUUUCCAUAGCGACACGUUCGGUAAAGUCGCCAGAAAGCGGCAACACUUUAAAGAGAUCAAAAACUCCUUUACAAAAGAAACAUUCUCUCCAAAAGCACGAGCAUGUUUUUUAUGCAAAUGACUUUCUCAAAGUCUUUUUAUGAUGUUAGACAUGAGGUAUAUUUUGAAUAAAUCUUCCGUGGAGACUGCCUAAAGUAAUGUUUUUAAAAAAACAAAUGGCCCAAAUGUAAACUAAAUGAACACUAUUUGUGUAUAGAGUCCAUUGCAAAACAUUCUCUUGCCUUUCAAAGACUGUUAAGUCUCAAGUCGGUCUCUUGACUUUUUCUAUCGUCCACUUUUAACAAGUUUAAGCUAGAAAGUGUUCAUAGUCAUGAAUGGGGGUGGAUGUAGUCUAUAUGUUCUAACUAUGCAUUGUUUUUAACCAAGAGAUUUAGCAGAGGGAUGUUUCACCCGAAGCUGGUGUGUUUAUAGAUGUAGAUAGGGCGCUUUUAGUUGUUUUUAAUCACGUUGCAUUUAGUCGCUUUUGUGUGGUCCUUUUGUAACAGUGUACAUUUUCUAGCCGGACAUUUGGGGCCUGCUCUCAGCCAAAUCGGAUGAUAAAACCUUAACACGAUAAGCAUACAAAAAAAAAUAUGACAGGAAAGCACAAAAAGGACCCCGAGCGAGACGUUUUCACUGUAAACCACCUCACUAGCUUUUUACCUAUUUGUGGUCAAUAUCAACGAAAAGAGACUUACUCUCCCCUCUUAGAUGUAAAACAACUAGAAAUCCGACUGACUGUGUUUGUGGGGCAUUCUGAACACCAUGUACUUGAUAUUUACUGUUAUGAUGUCAAUAUUGUUCUUAUUGGUGCUGGUCUCAAAGCAUGUACAUUUGGAUGCACUUUUGAUAGCAUAGCAUUGGUAUGAGCUCCAAUAGGUGUGUGUGUGUGUGUGUGUUUGUGUGUGAAAUGGGAGUUUUGGCCAUAUUGUGACACUGGUGUAAUUGUACGGAAAUGGCCUUGUGUUCUACCUCUUGUUACCUGUUAAAAGUGGAAUGGUAACAUCACACUGCCGGCCAUUUCUGCAUAAUUGCUCUUGCUAUCGAUCUAAAUGGCAUUGUUUUUGGAGUCUUGCAAUGACAGAUGAUUGGUGUGCAUGGUGGUGAACACACGUGGUGUUUUCAUGUAAACUAAUAACGCGGCGAGGCGAGGGAAUGUGUUUUUACUUCUCAAAGGGGGUUCAGAGCGUUGAGCUGCACGACCAAAUUCCUGAAGCGUGUGUGGUUGAUAGUCGCACACCAGUUGCCCUUAGUUCUUGUCUAUCAAUUAACUCUAUGCACCAAAAGUCUCUUGACACCUUGAUGGUUUUUUUGUCUAUCCAAGUCGUACAACAAGCGAUCAUUCCGUACUUGUAAUUUGGCUUUCACACCUAAAACCUGGAAUGCUACACACACACACACACACACACACAAAGGUAUGUAGUGUUCUUGCUUGAAGUCAUUUUCCAGUGUGAUGCCAAGAGGAGCGUUGCUUCUGGCCUUUUGACACGACUGUUCUCGUCUCUUAAGGACUGCAGCCCUUCCCAGUCCAGUUACAAGUAGCCUUCGUUUUGGAAAAUCCCUGCCUUGGGAAUUAUUGCGUUGGGGCGAAAGUGUCAUUCUUUGUUUCAAAUCAGAAAAGGACUCGUAGUUGUUGUUGCGUCUUGGUGUUUGACUUGACCUACUACUAUACCAGCACCUUAGAAUGCCAGAACGUAAUUGCUUGUACCUUGAUAUAUAGAACUCCAACUUUUGACAAUGUUCGUUUUGCACUAAAACAAGAAUGGACUUUGUAGCUUUUUUGCAGCAUUUAGGGUAUUUUAACAGGUGGUGGAUACCUUUUUUUGUAUUUAGAAAGAAAGCAGUAGAUGGCGUGGGUCGCCACCGCCAAGCAGGCCUUGAUAGCCUUAGCCUGUGCUAAUAGUAACAGUGCUGACAGUUACAUCUUCAUCCAGCAUUAUUCUUUUUUUUUUUUUUGGCCCAGAAAUAUCCUGAUGCCUUUGUAAAUGUUAUAGCGUGUGAGGCGGUUCCAGCUUGAGAGAUGGAGACGUUUACCCAAAUUGUCACUCUGUCCCCAUUCAAGACUGCAAAGUUGAUUUAGCCAGUAAAGCUAGGUUUCCACCAAGCGGUACAGUUCAGUUUUGGCACGGAAUGGUUUCGAUUUUGCCUGUAUUUCUACCUUGGGCUGCAUAAGCUGGAUGCCAGGUCUCCAACUAAGAUAAAUGUUCAACAGUAUCAAGCCUGUAGUAUACUCGUAAACAACAUCCAACUUUUGAAUGAAUUGAUUGUAACACGGAAGAAUGAAUCCUUUCUUCAUGCUAUGGAGCGCACUACUUGGCUCCAGCCAGCAGAGGCACCAUUGAGUGCAUUGUAACUAGUAAAGAACGUGGCAUCUGCAGUGGAAAGCUGAGCUGCAACCAAUGUGGACUUCAGCGAUGGCACAGCACUGGCAUGUAAACAGGAGUUGAGAACACGCCCAUCCAAUUGUAACUGGGGAGUGCCUGUUUAAUUGCGGUAAAAUGAACUGUACUGCAUGUUUCAGGCUUUUACAUAUCGAUAUAUACCAAGGAGGAUUUUAACCUCAAACCCGCUACCAUGUUAGCCGUCUGGAUGAAUGUGGCACAGUCUUACAAGGUCACCAACGCACGUGCUGCACACCUCAUAUUAUCAUCAUCAUUAUUACUAUUAGCUACAUUUCACAUAUACUUAAUUUAAAUACAAUGCACACAUUCACCUUAGCUGGGCUGCUUUCAGUGUGUCUUGGUGCGGCCGAGAAGUACUAAAUGGCUGACAUAAGCUAAUUGAAAUGUCAUUUCAUGAUGCAGGUCUUUCACGUGGAAAGGAACAUUGUGUUUAGCAUUCCAGCAUACAAGCAGGCACAUUUCAGUACAUCCGUGAAGUCCAAAACCCCUGACCUUGUAUCGUAAUGUAUCUCCUCUUUGCCUCUUAACUAUGCUAGAACCUUUUCCUCAUUGCUCCCGAUAACAAUGAAUGUACUUAGUUCCUGUGUGCUUUGUAAUAUUAUGUAUACCUUUUUACAUUUCUGGCCUCUUUUUAUUUUUGUGUGUUCUUUGGGGGGUAGUUUUUGCUUAUUUAUAGCCUUUAUUGACUCUGAACAUGUAACUCGUAUAAGUCAUUCUCCCUUUAUCACCUGUUCACUGGUGAACUACACAAAUGAGCGACUUUCUCCACCCCCAAAUAUCCCAAAUAUCAAGCCCCAAAUGGGUUUUUAGCUUCUGGAAGAGAAUUGCCAGGCUUAAGGGGGAUUGUAACGUACAGCACAAGCAGUUUGUGCAUAUGCAGUGGUACCUCGGUUUUUGUUAUGAAACUAAAGAAACUUUUCCCAGAGGAAGAAAUCAUUUCAAUCCAAUGCCUCUGUUACAUGCACACAAAAGUAUCAACAAAAACACAUUUUACAGAGAAUAAUUAUACACGCAGAAAACAAUGCAAAGUCAUUCUAAAUGCCAAUGGAAAGGAUGGGACGUAUUGUUGUGGGUUAUUUAGCAGUCGCACUCAGCAAAAAAAACAAAAAAAAAAAAACUGUUAGUCAGCACCGUGUAGGGCAGGGGUGUCCAAACUUUUUCCGAGGGCCGCAUACUGACGAGAGUGAAAGGAUCCAACACAUGUAGCUAUGCUUAAAAAGUGAGAUGCAUUUCAAGCUUCAUUCAUUUUCUUUUUAUGAUAUUACUUAUUUCCAUAAUAUUGUAACUCGAACCUAAUUUCCAAAAAUUACAACUUUCAUUUUGUUUCAUUUCUCAUAAAAUAACAUUUUUCGUGAAUAUUUUAACGCUACUAAAAUGACAUUACUUUUCGUCAUAUUACAAGUUUAGUUAUGCAACUUGUUUUCUUGUUAGAAUACGAUUUUUUUUCCCUCAAUAUUUUGACUUUACUCUCGUGAAAUUACAGCUGUUUUACAUUUCUGCUUUGGUUUUUUUUCACAUUUCCAACUAUUUCAAAUUUCUUUUUUUGUAAUUGACUUUGUUGGCAUAAUAUUUUGACUGUAUAACAACUUUCUUUGCAACCUUAUUUUCCAAAAAGAAGAAUUUUAUUUGUUGUUUUGUCUAUCAUAAUCUUACAACUUUCAAAAAAAUCAACUUAUGCUACUAAAAUGUUAUUUUUCCCUCAUGAUAUUGUUAUUCUUGUAAAAUUACGACUGUCGUUCGAUCACAAUUGUUUGACCACAGCUAUUUUUCCCCACUUUUGCUGCUUGGUUUCUUGUCAUAUUUUUAGAAUGUGCUGCGGGGCAAUUUAUUAAAAAAAACUAAAAAAAAAACAGCCACGGGCCGCACUUUGGACACCCCUGGUGUAGGGUGCUUUGUUUGGCGGCUCUGUUUGCAUGUUUGUUAACGUGCAGUACCGUACGUGAAAAGAGGCAAAAUGUUGGCAAGUUAUUUGUAUUGGACGAAAACCAAUCAUACAAAAACUGUAGCGUACGAAAAACAGAGACUGUGUAUAUAAAAAAAUCUAAUGGUGGCUUUAGGGCGGAUGUUUGGCCUUGUGUUUGUCGCAAAGCUCUCAAAACGUCCCCAAGUUGUAUUUGCUAACGCACUUGUGCCAUGAGGAUUGAAAGAGGAUUGUUUUCUUUCCUCGCUAUUAUUACGUUUGGUGAUUGUAUCGCGACAGCAGCUUUAUUUCCCGUGUAGCUUGAGGCAACGGCAUCAACUUUUUGUCCAACCAUGCUUUUCCUACGACGGAGUAUUAGGGCCACAAUGACAAAAAAAAAAAAAAAACAAUAAUCUGAGAUUUUGAGAAUAAAGUCGUAAGUUCACGAGGGAAAAAAAUGUACAUGAAAGAAAAGUUGUACAUUUACGAGAAAAAAGGUCGCAAUAGUAUGAGGAAAAAGUCGGACAUUUACGAGACUGAAGGCAUAAUAUUACGUGUCAGCGGGAAAAUACAGCGUAGCGCUUUAAGGAAGGAAGGAAACGUUCCUCUUGCCUCAGGCCCAAGGCCAAAGGUCACAUAAGUCCCCCUUUUUCAAAGCUGUCUCAGGCAACGCCUGUACAAUAAAGUUACAUUUCCGACUUUAUUCUCGUAAAUUUCUGACUUUAUCCUUGUAAUAUUACUAGGUUUUUUUUUCUCAAGUUCUUUCACGACGGAGUAUUAGAGCCAAAGUCGUAAAUUUAUGAGGAAGAAAAGCUGUACAACAAUAAAGUCGUACAUUUACGACUUUGUUGUAACAUUCGUAAAAGGCAUUGCCUGAGACGGCUAUGAAAAAGGGGGACUUGUGUGAUCUUUGGCCUUGGGCAAAGCCAAUAUUAAAACUUUUUUUUCUCUCGUAAAUUUACGAGAAAAAUCAAAGUCGCAAUGCCUGUUACGGAUUCACGACUUUAUUCUCAAAAUCUCAAGGUUAUUUUAUUAUUUUUCCCCCCAAUCUGGCCCUAACACUCAGUCAGUUUUUCCAAAGCCACAUGGUCCCGCUUUGUUGUUUAUCGGAUUCUUUGUCGAGUACAAAUUCCAGAUUUUGCCACUCUUUGUGUCCACAUGUUACGAAAAUACAGUCUAUCUUUUUGUUUGUGUGCGUGUCAGUUGGGAACUGUCGAUUUCACAAGCAGCCCAAUCGGAACUCUUCAUUCUGUGGCAUCCAUCGUUUCAACUACCGAGUUUGUAUUUUAAAAGCGUUUUCAAAACCGUGUGGCUUUUUCUUAGCAGCUUGGGGGCGGGGGGGAGGGGGCAAUAAAAGAAUACAAAUUAAACCUACCUCAGAGCAUAGUAGGGUGCUAGCUAACAUUAGCCCUUAUAAACGAAAUCCCAAAUUGUAGUGACCAAACACUUACAAGCCCAUAUCAUGUGCGAGCACUGUUAGGGACCCGAUUCCUACAAAUUCACAAGUCAGGUGUCCGCCAAAAGGUUCCGUUCAGUUCACUACGGCACGGUAUCGGCGAAUCCAAACAACAAGCGCCUUUGACACGCUGAUUGGUGAAUUGCUUUGCUGUGGUCAGAUGAUGGAUGCACGGUGACAGCGCGAGGAGAAACCAACAAUUGGCGCCUGCAUAUCGUCAGAUAAUGACUUGUCGGACAGCAGCAGUCGCUAAUGAGUCUUGGGUAUCAAACCCGCACACCCCAAUGCCACUGUUCCACCUCCGAUACUACCUCCAAAUCCCUCCCUUGGUGACACAGAAGCCGACCAAAACCGCGGUUGCUUGCCAAGUGUCCUAGCGUACACAAGUGAACUCAACCAGUACAGUUUGGCGGAAAGGAGAAUGAAUCGGCUCCGUUUUGGUUUUGUCCCACGUGUGUUUCCGGGACGGGUCAAUGGUUGGACAGCAAUAAAGUCUGGAGGGUGCUCCUGGUUGGAGUUGGAGUCCGUGUUCAUUUCUACCCUAUUGACCUGAGUCUGAGUAUUGUUUUUCCUGAUAAAGAUGGGUCAUCUUCUGGGAUUAGAGAUUUAUACUUGCAAGCCAACAGGUGGCGCUAAGUGACGACCCCCCCGCCCCCCGAGCAUGG